AUGGAGGACCAAGAUCCUGAUGUAGCCGGAUCUAGUAGCAAAAAUAUGGAACUAGAGUCAGAGUUAACGAGUAAAUUUCUUAAUGGACAAAUGUCUUUUGCUGAGUAUUCUAGUGAAUGGUAUGGCGGUGAGGAUGAGGAUGAGAAUGACGAAAUAGAAAAAAAAGUAGAAGAGCCACAACAGUCUGUUGCAAGGAGACGGCGCAGAGUUAAUCGCUUGACACCAGCCUUAAUUGGAUUAAUGGGUGAAGCUAAUUUACGUUUUGCUAGAGGUGACAAUGAAAUGGCGGAAAAAAUGUGCCAUGAAAUCAUAAAGCAGGUGCCAACUGCUUCUGAACCUUAUCAAACCCUAGCUCAAAUAUAUGAAAAUGAUCCUGAAAAGUCCUUACAAUUUUCCCUGUUAGCUGCACAUCUUAGUCCCACUGAUGUCAAUGAAUGGUUACGUUUAGCAGGAAUAUCUAGUCAAAGGAAUGAUCCCAAGUUAGAAAUGAUUUGCUACACGCAUGCCAUUGGAGCAGAUCCAGGUAAUUUAGAAAUUCAUAUGAAAAGGCUAGAUUUGAUAAAUAAAUUGGAACAUACAGAUACAACUUUGGUUCCAAGUUUAAUGUCCCGUGUUCGGGCUUACCACAAAAUUGUCACUGCAAUGCCUCCAUCUCAGGGUGAAAUUAUAAUGAAAUAUACUCGACUUGCAGCAACAUUGUAUCAUGAUGAUGAUGAAAAAUCAAAGGCUUGUAAAGUUAUGUCAGCUGCCUAUGCUAAAUGCCCCACAUUAUUCUCCCUUGAAGAUCUUAAUAUUUUCCUUGAAUUGCUUAUUUCACAAAAGGAAUUUAACAAAUGCCUCGAACUGUUUGUAGCUAGCUGUGGUGUUGAUAUAGAAGCAGAAAUACAAACAGUUCAAUAUUCUACAAACGAAAUUGAGGAGCAGACUAAUUAUACAAAAUGUUCAAUACCUAAUGAUUUGGCUAUUGAUCUCAAGUCAAAAUUAUUAGUAUGCUUCAUUCAUUUGGGGGCUGUAAGUCUUGUACAAACCUUAUUAAGUGACUUUUUAACUAAUGAUGUGGAAAAAGCUGGUGAUUUGUAUAUGGAUAUUGAGGAAGCAUUUUCUGCUGUUGGUCAUCACGAGAUGGCUAUGAAGUUAUUAGAACCAUUGGUAAAUACACCUAAUUUUGAUUUAGGUGCGGUUUGGUUAAAAUAUGCAGAAUGUCUUUUAAAUUUAGGCAGGGAAGAAGAAGCAACCAAUGCCUUCUAUAAGGUUCUGGAUCAUGCUCCACAGCAUCCGGCAGCUCGCAGAAAGCUAUUUGCCAUCCUAGAAAAAAGUGGACAUACUGAGAAGGCUUUAGAUGUUCUGCAGCAAGAUAAAAAAUAUGUAAUCAGCCCAAGCCUUCUGUAUGAAGAAUGCCUUGCAUUAAAAAAGUAUAAUCGGAUGAGCAGAUAUUUGGAGGUUGCUGAAAUAUUGCUCUGUAGGGCUAUCACUAAAUACAGACAUGACGAGGAGUUAAGAAUUGCUUGUAAACAAAGAUCUGCAAUUGAACUUAUACAAGAAUUUCGUAUACUGAAAGGAGAAAAUCCAUACCACAAAGAUGAUUUACAAUUUGAAGAUGAGAAUUUUAAGUUGACACCAUCUCAAGAAUGGGAAAUCUAUAAAGAAUUGCUAACACUAGCUCAUGGUUUUAAACAAUAUGUUACAAUGCAAAGAAUUAGUUACAGUGCAUUGCUAAUAAAGGGUCUACAGGCCCAUAGGAAACAAGUAGAAUUUUAUAUCUUUCAAGCUUGUCUUUUAAACAAAGAUUUUGUACACUCUUUUAGAUUUAUUCGGGAAUUGGCACAAAAGAACACAACAAAUAGAACGUGGAAUCUGUUAAGUUUUGUAAUAAACUCUGUGGAAGAUGUAACCCACAGCAAAUUCUUGACCAGACUCUUCCAAAGAGACCAGCACUGGGUGAAAAAUUUAUUUUUAGGUAACAAUUACCUAAUGUCAGGGAGGUACCUGGUAGCUCUCAAAUAUUUUCUUGAAUAUCAUGAACAAUUUCGAGAACCACUGUCUGCCUUUUUGAUAUCAGUCACGAUUCUGUCGAUGGCAGCUCAAAAGACUGUAGAUAAACAUCAUAAUCUUAUUCUUCAAAGUUUAUCCUACAUGGUUGCUUAUAAGCAGUUAAGGAAAUAUGACCAGGAGGUGAAUUAUAAUAUGGGAAGGUUGUAUCAAAUGCUGAGUAUCAACAAUUUGGCUAUAGAAUAUUAUGAAAAAGCUCUAGCCUGUGAACCUAUCGCGCAGUGUGAUAAACAUGGAACGAUCGAUUUACGAAUGGAAACCGCUUACAACUUAUUUACAUUAUAUAAAGAACACUCACCACAUUUGGCAAGAAAAAUAAUGCUAAAAUAUCUUGUUAUUUAA